GCCCAUGUGAAGGCUCCACUCUCAAGACAUUAGGAUGUCAUGCGAUCGCUAGCUCCAUGCCUGAGUGCCACCAAGCAAAUUUCCCCUUAUUUUCGCCCCCGUGCAAGCCCAACACCACGCGGUGUUUCAGCAUUUACUUGCCAUGACACGUACAGUGGACACCCGUUUUCAUGCAUGCAUGCACCUUGCCGCUAUAUAUAAUCCCAAUGUUCAUCUUCAAUCUCUGCAACAAGCACUUUUAAAAAUGUCUGCCAAAUCAAAGCUUCCUCUACUUAUUUUAAUCCUGUCUGUUGCGGCUCUGUUUGCCGGCUUAGCCUUCGCCAAGCAAGACCCAGAGCUAAAACAAUGCUCCCACCAAUGCAGAGUCCAGCAACAGUUCGACGAGAAACAGAAACAAGAGUGUGCGAGGAAAUGUGAAGAAUAUCACCAAGAUAAAAAAUCGAGAGAGUGGGAGGAAGACAAAAAACAGACAAAGGAAUACGAAGAAGAAGAAAAGCACAACCCGUAUGUAUUUGAAGAUCGACAUUUCUCUACUGCAAUCAAGACAGGGAAAGGAAGAGUUGAUAUUCUCACGAAAUUCACUGAAAACUCUGAUCUUCUUCGUGCCAUUGAGAAUUACCGACUGGCUCUCCUUGUCGCCGAUCCAAGGGCGUUCAUAGUCCCAAAUCAUUUCGAUGCCAACGCUGUCUUUGUUGUCACUCAAGGACGUGGAAGAAUCACGUUGAUCCAUGAAGAUAAGAGACAGAGCUUCAACAUUGAAACUGGAGAUAUCAUCAGGAUUCGUGCUGGGACUCCUCUUUAUUUGAUCAACAGAGAUGACAACGAGAAACUGUUCAUCGUCAAGUUAUUGCAACCCGUCAAUCGUCCAGACUAUUAUGAUGUAUUUUACGGAGCUGGUGGUGCAAAACCAAAAUCGUUCUUUGAAACCUUCAGCACUGAGAUCCUUGAAGCUGUUCUCAAGACUUCAAGAGAUAAGCUGGAGAGUUUCUUCGAGAAACAAGGCAAAGACGCCUUCCUCGAAGCCUCGAAAGAGCAAAUCGAGGCCAUGAGUAGGCGUGAGGAGGGUACCGGAGGAGGUGGUAUGUGGCCAUUUGGUGCCGAAUCAAAGAAUCCAUUCAAUCUCUUCAGGAAGCGCCGCCCUUCAAAGUUUAACAAGUACGGUCAGCUCUUUGAAGUUGAUGCGGAUGAAUUCAAGCAACUUAAAGACUUCGACCUCAGGGUCUCCUAUGCCAACAUCAGCAGAGGAUCCAUGACUGCUCCAUUUUACAACUCGAGGGCAAUCAAGAUAUCCAUUGUGGUGCAAGGCCAGGGCUACAUCGAAAUGGUAGCUCCUCAAGCAUCUCGUAAAUCCGGUUAUGAGAAGAUAAGAUCACGUCUAAGGCCCGACACAGUGUUCGUUGUUCCCGCAGGGCAUCCUUUUGUGACGGUUGCUUCUAGACGUACGAACCUGGAGAUUCUAUGUUUUGAGGUCAAUAUAGCAAACAAUGUUAGAUACCUUCUAGCGGGGGAGGGCAACUUUGUGCAGCAAUUCGAGAAGGAAGCCAAGGAAUUGGCAUUCAAGAGCAGGGAAGAAGUGGUGAAUAGGAUCUUUGGUAACCAAGACGAGGAGUUCUUUUUCCCUGUACCAAGGCAACAAAGGAGCCGAGACUAUGAAUAAGUUUAGGAGGAAAAAAGGGUUUCAGCUUUGUGUGUGCAUGUGUUUUAAGAUCAGGAGCUCUAUGGCUCAUGUCUGAGCUUAGCUACCGAGUACUUGUGUAAAUGUUGCAUGCUGUGGAAUACAAAUAACUAA